AUGGGGCAGCGAGCGAUGAUGCUGGUGGUGGUGGUGGUGGUGACCCUCCUCUGUAUCUGCACCAUGGAUGCCAGCCUCUCCGAUUACCAGCGGGACGGUCAGCGUCUGACCCCGUGUGAAAGUCAACGGCUGCUCUCGGGGAUGGAUGCCCGCUACGUGCCGCAGUGCUCGCCAGACGGCCAAUACAGCUCAUGCGUGUACAGUGUUGCUGUGGGCACCAGGGUGGUGCUGGCGAUCUCACGGUCCGGUGUGUUUCUCUCAGGCCUGUCUCAGUGCCAGCUCCACCGGCGUCGGGCGUUGGUGACGAGCUACGUGAACGGCAGCGGUUUCCCCGCCGCGCCACAGUGCACGGUGACUGGAGAAUACGAGCCAGUACAGUGUGACCAUGUCAUGGCCCAGUGCUGGUGUGUGGACCUCAACGGGAACCAGAUAUACGGCACACGGCACACAGAACGGCCAACACACUGCCCGGGGGGGUGUGAGUCUGGUCGCCGACGUGAUCUCCAUGGGUUUGGCCUGAGUUCACCGCCACAGUGCGCUGCGGACGGGACCUUCCUCCAUGUCCAGUGUCACCUCAUCAACACCACAGAUGCCACCGUCAUCGACCUGCUCAACACCUUCAGCAGAUUCCCGGCAGCAUUCGGCACAUUCCGAGCCUUCCGGCAGAGAUUGGGCAACGUUUCUGGCUCCUGUCAGUGUGCUGACAGCAUGGGGCGUGAGAUACCUGGGACAGGCCUGGAGUUACUAUUGGAUGGGAUUGUGGACGGCACGCUGGGUGCUGCAGGGAUUGGCCGCAGCUUCACACAGACGGACAUUUACCGGGUGCUGCAACGCCGAUUCUUGGCCGUCCGGUUACUGGUUACCGGCAACUUCAGAUGCCCAAGCAGAUGUGAGGUCCAGCAGUUCACAGCCUCCUCUUUCAGCGAUGUCUUUGUUCCUGCGUGUGAUGAUCAGGGCAACUACCUGCCUGUCCAGUGUCAGCGGGGUGAUCAGUGCUGGUGCACGGAUGUCCAUGGAGACGAGGUGCCAGGGACAAGGCAGCAGGGGACACCUGACUGUGGGAGUAAUGCUAGUGGUUGUGAAGGGGAGAGGAGACGGAAGUUGUCCUGGCUUUUCUCCGGACUUGUUGGUCGCUUCAGCCCGAGCAGCAUCUUCAUGGUGCCAGCAUCUCCGGUCCAAGAGAAGGUUGUUGAGGCUCUGACCCGCUGUGGCCCAGAUGUGAAACAGCUGUUGAGAAAGUCCGGCCUGCUGCUCGCUGCACUGAAGGCUGGACAGUGGGACACUGGCCACCUUGAUCUAGAAAUAGUUCUCAGCCAGUUUGUGCAAGAAAUGUUUCUGACCAAGGACCUCGCUCCCCUCGAUCUUCACCUUUCUGGAUCCUCCAAAUUGUUUAUUGAAAAUCUGUUUGGAGGCACAUUUCUGCGACAAGUGGCUGCGUUCAAUUUCACCGCAGGCAUCGGGAGAAUGGGGACAUUCAAUUUCACCCAGUUGUUCCAGCAGAUUGGCCUAACGGGAAUGUACAGCGGGGAGAACUUUGUCGAACUGGCCAAACUCUUUUCCACUGUCGAAGACUCUUACCUGUCGGCAGGGAGGCCAGAGUUCUCGAGGGACUCCUUCACAUUGAACCAGACUAUCUUGGACAGUUUGGGUGGAGAGGUUAAUCUGCAGGUGAACCAGAAUGUUGUGCAUCUUCUGACUUCUCUGUUGGAGCGAGGUGACGUUCUCAGUACGUUGCAGGACAUUGUGGGCUUUGUUGGUGUGGAUGAGGGCAGCCUCGCUGAGAUGAUGCGGGCGGUGUUUCGAGCCGCUAGGACAGGUGUGUGUGGCCGUCAGAUGGAGAGACUGUACGUGCCACGCUGCACCCAAGGUGGGGACUACCAGGAGGUCCAGUGUCAAGGUUCGCUCUGCUGGUGUGCGGACCACCAGGGGCUGGACAUUCCAGAUACACAACGCCAGGGUGAGAGACCACCAUGUCCCACCGCAUGUGAGCGACAGCAGACACGGUCCAUGGAGCAGCGAGCGAGCGGGUCCCUGGUGUUUGUUCCGUCGUGUGGAGUAGACGGCAACUUCCCGCCCAGGCAGUGCGAUGGGACGUGUUGCUUCAAUGUGGAUCUGCAGGGAAGAAGGAUAACAACACGAGGAACACCAACUGUGAAGUCUCCAGCUCCAGGUUCGUGUCAUCUUGCUGCAGUCCAGGUUCGGCGGUUCAUGGCCGAAGCCGAUGGUCUCGUCAAAGCCUCCAACGAUUCCAACGCUCCCUUCAGCCAGGGCUUCCUAUCAGCUCAUGGAAUAGACCUGACGGACAGGGACCUCCCUUCUCUCUCUGCCGCCUCACCCCCCCAUCUUUCCUUAUCGGCAUCGCUGCUCAGAGGGACCGAUUACGCUGUCCGACUGGCUGCCUGGUCCACCUUGCGAUUCUACCAGAGGAAAGAAGUGUCGAUGGAAGAGGGUAGCGGGGGGUCAAGUGUGAAUGGUCACAGCCCCUACAUGCCGCAGUGUGAUGGGUCUGGACACUGGCAGCCCGUCCAGUGCUACGCGGGUACUGGUCACUGUUGGUGUGUGGAUGAGACGGGGAGCUACGUUCCUGGUUCGCUGGUCCAUGGCUUGGCCCAGAUGCCUCAAUGUGAAACAUCGUGUCAGCGUUCACAAACAAACUCUGCUCUCGGCGGGUGGAAGCGAGGCGGGUCCCAGCUCAGCGCCACCACCAGGGGAUUACUCAACCCAACCUGCACGGAGACGGGCGUCUACCGAACCGUGCAGUGGUCCGAUUCCAAGGGUGACAAGCCCUGGUGUGUUCACCCAGUCACAGGGGAGAUGCUGCAAGAGGCUACAAUUCAUCCAGACGGGAAUCCCCACUGUCCCAGCUGGUGUGAGAUCCUGCGGCAGGAGCUGCUGGAGCAGGAGGGGGGGACUGGGGACAUCCCCACGUGUGAAGACCUGGAUGGUUCCUUCUCCGACACGCAGUGUGAUGGCGACAGGGAGCGGUGUUGGUGCGUGUUUGCGGACGGGCAGGAGGUCCCUGGAACACGGGUCAAUAUGUCAGCCGGAGACAAGCCUGCCUGCAGCCGCCCGCGGUGUGCACUGCCCUUCACAGCGACUGAGACAACCAAUGGCCGCGUGUUAUGUGAGGACCCUCACCCUGGGCAGGUCCUGCAGCUCUGUCAGCUGGUGUGUAGACCCGGUUACCUGCCUGUCUGGGACCAGCGCUACGUGUGUGACCAAGAGACUGGCAGCUGGACAUCGCACACACCUCACCCACACUCCUGUCAGAGGCUCCAGAUGUUUCAGGUGGUCCAGACUGGGACCAGCUUCCAGCUGCUCCUGCCGUCGGGGAACAUCUGUAACGGAGACUACGCUGGGUUACUGACAACCUUCAGCUCUAUCCUCACUGAUGAUCUCACGGCCAGAGGAUUCUGUCAUCUUCAGGUGCGUGUUGGUGGCGUGAUGGUGCAGGUGCCAGUGUGUGACAGUUCCUCUGUGUCCGUCCAAUGUCUGAGCUUGGAGCGACUGGGAGUAAACGUCAGGUGGACAGUGCGCCUGUCGGAGGUGCCGACAUUCUCUCUCCCUGACCUGCACGGCAUCGAGACGGCUCUGCUGGGCAACGGUUUACACCAGCGCUUCACCCAGCUCGUCACCAGUGGCAACUAUCGCCUGCUUUUGGAUUCCAAGCAGUUUGUAGCAGAACCUGUCACCGCUUCACCCGAGGACCACGGUCACACCGACCCACCCACCGUGCAGCUGGGAUGUGUUGACGGCUACCUGCGUGUCCCAGCCUCAACUGCAGCCGGCAGUGACGUGCCCCAGUGCACUGUCUGCCCGUCUGGCACCUUUGUCCGGGACGGUGUCUGCGUUCUUUGUCCCGCUGGCUUCUACCAGGACGUUGCCGGAAGCAGUGGGUGUCACAGAUGUCCAUCAGGGCGGGAGACCGUUUCUCCUGGAGCAUUCUCAGCCCAACACUGUGUAACGGAAUGUGAAGCUUUGGGUCAGGAGUGUGAUGGGCAGGGUCGGUACCGAGCUGCCCAGCGUGACGUUGAUGACCAGAUGUCCUUCUGUGUCACUGCCACUGGACAGAGGUUGGCCUGGACCGAGACCAAUGCAUCGCUCACUGCAGCCCAGUGCAUCGUAUUCCAACAGUUUGUCAUCAUCGAACAAUCCCAGCUCGUUCCAAACUCGGAAAACACGGAAGUAAUUGGAGUGUUAACGGGCGGGUCUGAUCACCUGACGCAUCUCCUCCACUGUCUCUCAGAAUGUUCUGGAAAUGCCACGUGUAACUUUGUGAUGUUGUCAGAUGGAGGGGAGUUGUCCCGGUGUGAGCUUUACAGCAGCGCCCAAUCCAACCUGGUCUGCACAGCCUACGGGCAGAGCCAGGGUUUCCUGGGCCAGGAGUCGACGGUGAGAUAUGAAGGCAUCAACUGCCAGUUCAGAGUGAGAGGCGGCAACAUGGACAUUGUGCGGGGAUACAGGAAGAGGGGUGAAGAUUCCCCCACUUCAUUUCACAAGAGCUUUGCAAGGACGGACUACGGUAACGUGGGCACGGGGGUGUACAGGACUCUGGCCUUUACUGCCGAGGGCUCCAGCCUGAGUGACGUGCAUCAUCUCUGCCAACAGAGCUGUGGGGCGGAGCAGUGUUGUGACGGAUUCCUGCUGAGUCACCUGAGACUUGGCACCUUCCUCUGUGGACUCCUCAGUUUGCCAGAUGUGCUGCUCUGUAACGUUGCGGACACUUGGACAGGUUCCACAUCUGGAGAUGGAGUUUGUAAAGGCGUGGCGUCCAAUGCAGAGAAGAAGACCUUCACGUUCAACUUUGGAGGCCUGGUGUUCAGCGGCACUUACGCGUUCCUGGCAAAAGGUUUUGUGGAUGCUGAAUACUCCACCAACCUGACAGCGGACACAAAGGAUGAAAUCCAGAGAUCAUUCAACAAGUUCCAGCAUGUCUACCUCUGGCAGGAUUCGGACAUGAACACACGGCUGAGGUCCGUUGCUGAGUGCGGUGGCAAAUCUCUACAGGACCAACGGACUCCCAACCUACCAGAUAGCAUCAGAGAACUGUUCUCCCGUCUGGAGCCCGGGUUUGUCCGUGUGGAUCAGAACCUGUCCGUGGCCAGCCAACACUACCAGCUCUUCAAGCAUCACUUUCCCAGCGCCCAGGCUGAGCUGUGGUGUCUGCAACGCUGCAGUGAGGAGCAUUUGUGCAGAGUGGUGACAUUACUGGACGUUGGGGAACUACAUUACGAGUGUGUGUUGUACCCAGACACACAGCUGUGUCAGCCAAGUCGUGACCCUGCCUCACCUGUGGUCACCUGCACUCUGACCCUACCUGAGCUGCCACACCUGGUGUACAGGAGGAAAGAUGUGCUGCAAGGCAGCGUGAAGAAUUUCUACACCCGCCUGGCCUUCCGUCAGCUGUGGGGAACCUCCAUCAGGAACUCAGUGAACGUGACUGCAAGAGGACUGCAAGCUGGGUUCCUCGAGUGCGAACGUCGAUGUGAUGAAGACCCUUGUUGCAAAGGCUUUGGGUUUCUGCAAGACCAACAUGCUCCAGGUAUGGGGGUGAUGUGCCGGACGGUGAGUGGUCUGGGGGUGCAGGCCUGUGGUGACGGAGCUGGCAGCUGGCGUGCCCUGCCGUGUGAACCAACCAGUCUCACCCUUCUCGUCCAUCCAUUCGGCUGGUACCAGAAACCCGUGAAUCAGUGGAACCGUGUGGAGAACAUGUGUCCCAAAGCAAGACCCCCACCCUCACAACAGAGAGCAUCACUGGAUAACUGGCAGAUACUGCGGGUAUCUCCGAUCCUUGACUCAACAAUGUCUUCCUUUGAUGUUUUCCACGUCAGCAGCGAUGCUCCUGAACCGACUGAAGAGUUUGUCAGUGAAGCCAGGGAUUGGUGCCUCUCAGCCUGUGCCUCCAAUCACAGUUGUGCUACAGUCACUCUGCAGCCCCAGGUGAGUGGGCUCAGGUGUGUCCUUUACCCCGACACCCACACCUGUGGACACCGGCCGCACACUCUCCACUGCCGACUGGUGCUCAGAGAGGCAGCCGACAUCAUCUACCACAGGACAGUGGUAGGUCCCUGCGUUGGUCGCUGUGGGGAUUACCGUCCUGGUGAGACGUGUCAGUGCAACGUGAAGUGUGCCGAUUAUGCCGACUGCUGCCCCGAUGUUCACACCUGUACAGACCCUCUGUUGUCCAAGAGCCAGCCCCAGCUGACCUCUGUAGUCAUCCCGGGCCAGGGAAUUCUGUUUGGAAAAUCCCAAGUGACCCGUGUUGGUGAGGGAUGGAAGGAGGUGAAGAGAUUCCUGGGCGUUCCGUACGCAGCUCCACCCACCGGCAACGGGCGGUUUCAGGCCCCAGAACCCUUCAACUGGACUGGGCAUUGGAACGCCACCUUCUACAGACCCAGCUGCCUCCAAGCAGGGAAUGCGAAGGCUGUUUACUCCACUGUGGGUGAAGAUUGCCUCUACAUGAACAUAUUUGCACCAACAUCCAUCAUCGGGCCAGUGCCUGUGUUGACCUUCUUCCACAACGGAGCCCAGGACUACAGCGGCGGUGGCAGCAGCUCCGGCAUCGACGGCUCCUCCCUGGCGGCUGUGGGGAACAUCCUGGUGGUGGUGGCAAGCUACCGUGUGGGGCUGUUCGGAUUCCUCAGUGAUGGCACUGACGAGCUGCCCGGUAACUGGGGUCUUGGGGACCAGAUGAUGGCGUUGCGAUGGCUACAGAGGAACGUCGGUUACUUUGGUGGGUCUCCGGCCAGCGUCACCAUCGCGGGGGAAGGCCGUGAUGCCGAGAUCACCGGCAUGAACCUCAUCGCGGCACCGGGCACCAGACCCUUCCAACGGGCCCUGCUCCUGGGAGGAUCAGUCCUGUCUCCAGGUGCGGUGAUCAGUAAGAAGACAGCACAGGAACAAGUCAUCAACCUGGCUAAAGAGACUGGCUGUCCCACUAACAACAAGACAAUGCUUCUCUCCUGCCUCCGCCAGCUACCUGCUCUAACUCUAAACUCUGCCCAGACUCAGCUGCUGUUGACCAGAGGGCCGUUGCAGGCUUGGGGCCCUGUAGUCGAUGGGAGAUAUCUGCGGGAACCCCCUCUGUCUGCACUCCGCAGUGGGCACUUACACGCAGGGGAUUUACUGAUUGGGAGCGCAGAGAACGACGGGCUUGUCACCAGAGCAAAGGCAGCCAAGGGAUCUGACGGAACGUCUGGAGGAUCGGACGGUGAGACAGUGUUGUACCAAGUUCUGCAGGAGUCACUGGGUGGAGGAACUUCUAGCUCCCUGGUCAAAGAUGCCGUGGCCUGGUUCUAUUCACAGUGGCAGACACAGGAUGACUACGCUGCCCUCUCCCGGGCUUUGGACAACGCCACCAGGGACUAUUUCAUCACCUGCCCUGUUAUACAGAUGGCAGAUCACUGGUCAGAGACCACAGGUGCCAAUGUCUUUAUGUACCACACACCUGCGACUCAGCACAGUUCGAGUCUUUCGUCGGAGCUCCAGUUCAUCUUUGGGUUUCCGCUCCAUCCCGAUUCACACCGGGUGUUCACGGACCAGGAACAACACCUGUCGCUCGCCCUCAUGCAGUACGUCACCAACUUUGUCAAAUCAGGCAACCCCAACCUGGCCUUCACCUUCUCCAGGAGAGCUGUGGACGAGACUCUGCCUCUGUGGCCCAGCUAUUUACACAAUGUGGAUGGUGGAAACUACAAACAAUUUGAAAUGUCCCUGCAGAAUAAGAAUGGGUUGAAGAGCCAGGAGUGUCUGUUCUGGAGCGAGCUGGUGCCGAAGCUCCGGGCUGCUGCAGGCAACGUCAUGGACAACAAGACAAGUGAUGUCCAAGAUGAGCCUGUGCUCACAACGCCAACCACAAUCUAAAGAUGCUUAUAACUAACGGAGGAUUCAGACUGAUUCUGAUUGACCUGAAGAAUGUAAAUACACAGGAGAGAGUAGAAUAUAGUGAAAUAAAGCUAUCAUGAAACA